GUCAGCCCACAAUAGACCAGAUGACGGGGUUCAGAGCCAAAAUACGUAAGUCUACGUCUGACAAAUUAACAAACUCUCUGGUGAAAUGGAUUGCAGUGGACUGUAGACCACUUUCGGUGGUACAGGAUAAGGGGCUGGAAAAGGUGCUACAAAUAGCGUCUUCUGACCCAGCUUACGAACUGCCGUGCAGAAAGACAAUUUCAAGUCAAAUCUCGCAGCUUUAUGACACAGAAAAACAGACUUUAGAGGAUUAUUGAAGAAAGCCGAGUGUGUCGCUCUGACCUGGGAUCAUUGUACCUCGGGAAAUUCAGCCUUUGCUGGUCCUUCUCCAAUGACACAUGCCCUGCUCAGCCCUGCCUGAGGGAGGCAGCGCUGCUCUAACAGCCAACAAGAGAGCAAGCAGAGCAGAGACCUGUGUGUGGUAACCAUAGAGAAGUGUAGCAGGACAACAGAGGAACGGGGAAGUUCUCCGUCACUGAAGGAGAGAGCACUAAGGGAGGAGCCUGCUGUUGUCACUCAUACAUCCCAUACCAGUGGAAGUCUUUGUCAGAGGCAGGAAACUGGGGGAGAACAGAAUAGUACAGCUGCCAACUCUCCUUCUGGACGUAACAGGAAAAACAAAAAGAGAACUGCAACAACCACGAGACAAUCAACAGAAGCUCCAGGAAAUAACAGGGGCACCCCGGAGGCUGGUAGAGGGAGUGCAGCGAGGCCCACAAAAACAACAGGAAGUAGAGCAGAGACAGAUGGAACUGUUUUAUUCAGACAGUCAGCAGUGGCAUCUGUGAUUGGUGACGGAGGAACCACAAAAAUCAGCGUAGUCCCAGAUCAGAAGACACUCCAUUACCCAUAAAGCCAGUGUCUGGUGAAGGGAAGUGUGCUCACAGGAAGGCAGUGGCCUGCCACCACCAUCGUGAAAAAACAGGAAGGAGAGAGAGGAGUGAGAAGCUGGCCUGCUGAUACAUGAGUGAGUUGACAGCAGCAGUGACACAGACAGAAAAGGGAGCUGCUGAGAGUCUUCCAGCAGAAGAAGCUAAAGUGAACUUUGCUCUGGAAUCAGCUGCAGGGAGGACAGGUUCCAUGGGUCAGGAACAAUCCCAGGAUCCCCAAGAAAGCCAGCCAGACCAAGAGCAGCCAAGCCAACUUGACACCAUGAACAACACCCCUCAGGCUGGCAGGAGGACCAGCCCCACGUCUUCAGACAAAGAAAGAAAAACUUGGAAAGGGCUGUGGCAGGAUGGAGGCUGGAUUGGAAGCAGAAUGGGAUCUGCCCCACAUGAACCUGAAACUGUGGCCAAAACCAUCUGGUAUCAGGGUGAAAGCGUAGACCAGGAUGCCAAUGAAGACUGGAACAGAAAGGAAGUAAACUCCCAGUCAGUUUGGUAUGACAGUGAAACAACAGAUCAGAAAAAACAGGAACAGCCGGAGCAGGGAAUGAGAACGCAGAAAACAUGUGAUUUGAGCUUAGCCCAAGCUUCUGGUCUUAGUUCUCCACAGCUGUUAGAACAGGAUCUUACUUCUUAUCAACUGUCUGCAGCUCUUAGUCAGCCACAUGCUGUUGGAACACAGCCAGCACUGUCACAUGGGCCUGGUCCACAAAGACGGGAAGUACAUGGACCACAGCGUGAGGAGGAAGUAAGGCCAGACUGGAAGGAGGGAGGAGUGGACGGAGAUGGAGGGGAGGUCAGUAAUAGAGAGAGGACUUACAGCAUAAAGAGUCCUGAAACGGCAGACGUUGAAGAUGGAAGGGGAGAGAAGCAAGGGAACAAAGAAAGAGGAGCAAAGGGCAGAAAAAAGAGGAGGAAGAAAAGGGGGAAGAGAGGGGGCGCACAGGCCAAGCUCAGCUCCAGCUCCAGUAUAGAGUCUCAGAGUCAGAUAGAGAUAAAGACACAGAGAGAACAAGUGACAGACCUGAACACCCAGUCAGGGACUGACUCAGAAGCCAAGGAUAAAACAGAAAGGGCAGACGUCCGUUCUCCAACCCGAAGAGAGGAAGCUGACGAGGAUGCCAUGCAUCUACCUAGCCAGACAGAGUGGCAGACUAGGGAUGCACAUGGACCUGACUGUGACGUCACCAAUUUGGACCCAAGUUAUAUGACUCCAGACUUCAGUCCAACAGAUGACGAGAGAACAAAUCUGACUGAAGUUACAGCUUUACAGACACCAGAAAUGAAGGAAUUAUUGGAGGAUGACGACCUAGAUUUUCAUGGGCUUGAUCAUUCUGACCUGAACUCUGCUGUCACUGCUUCACAACUUAGUCAAAUGGACACCAGAAAGGCAGAUAUAGAGGAAAUAAAAACUGUGCAACAGGUAAAUAUGGACACACUUGACCUUACAGAGCUGGAAUUAAAGGGGCUUGCCAGUCAGGUCCAACUUACUGUGGAUAAUGUGGAGUCAAAGGCAUUGUCAGAAACUGAGGAUCUGACAGUUGCUGGUAAAGCUGUUACAUUCAUGGGCCACACAGGUUUGGUGGAAUCUAACUGUGCAAAGGAACUUCCUGUCAUAUUUCCAGAUUGUACGGAAUUCACAAAGGACUCGUUUCUUGAGGAUUUUCCUGAAAAGCAUACACAAAAUGUACAAUCUGUGGAGUCAAACAAACAAGUAAAACCUAUGAAUCCCAUGGGAAGACCUGUAGGAGUUAUGGAACCUCUGUGUGCCACAGAAGCUGGGGAUCUGCUGUUUAAAGGUAAAGCGGAUGUUUCACCACCACAAAUACGGGAGGGACACCCUGAGACAACUGGGAGGGAAAAUCUAGAGCAUUGUUUGGGCUGUGAGAUGCUGAGAGAUGAGCAGAGCAAGGAGGAAAAAAAUGAGUUGUGGGUGGGUGAAGAGGAAGCAGGUAAGGGAAGAAGUAGGAGUGAUGAUUAUGACUGUGGGAUGGUGCAUGCUAAGGAGUUAUCUCCCAUGGACAGCGAACAAGAGCAGAACUAUAGUGAAGACCUAGUUGCCACAGCAUUAGCAGUUGUAGCAGUAGCAGUAGCAUCUGCCAUGGCUAGCAUAGAACUGAGCCAGCAAUUAGCAAACAAUUGGUCAGAGAAUGAAGAGUCAUUAAACCAGCUGGCAGAUGAUUUACUCAACAAUGAUCAGUCCACACAGCCGAUUAACAAAGAUAGAGAAUCCUGUCAACUGUUACCAGCUGAGACAGGACACCAACCUGUAGAACAUUCACACAUUGUACCUACUAAUCCAUUUGCCUCUAAAGAACAGGCUGAUGUUGAAAUAUCAGAGGAGUCUGAUUCUGUAGUGUUGCCUUGUACCACUGAGACAGAAAAUCUAUCAACAGCACAGCUAAGUGUUGACCAGCAGACUAACCUUGACCUGUCAGCACAUGGAGAUGCUCCAAGUUUACACCAACUUGACAAAGAGGACGUCCAGUCAGAAACUGCAGAAGUCUCUAAGUGUUUACAACUUCAAGAAGAAGACAGCAAACUACAAGUUAAUAUGAAACCUUUGCCAGAAGCAAAUGAAAUUAUUACAACCGAGGUGGACAGUCAAAGUCACACGCAGGUAGAAAUCCCCCCCUGUCCUGUUAUAGACCCAGGACAACAUCCAGAGGUGUCUGACAUAUUUUGCCAUGACUCUGAGGAGAAUCAUAGAGGCCCCCAAGAUCAGUCUGUCUGUCAGGAAGAGAGUGUAAUACAACAUGAUGAAGAUAAUAGUGACCCUUUAGAAUCCAUAACAACUGAUAGUGACGUAGGAAGGCAGACGCAUGAGCAGGACAGUCUACACAGUUCAAAGUGUAAGGAACCUGAGAGCAUGUCAGACUCAGACCGUCAAACUGGAGAGCAUGAGAGGGAUCCACAGCUGGAUGGUCAGGUUAAAACACCAUGUGAAGGGGAGAUUCCUACUUUGGCGCAUACUUGCGACUCAACGCUUCCUGUUACCUCCUGUGACUUGACUCCUGUGGCCAAUCCCAGUCCAGAUGAAGCAACUGCCCGUGCGAAUGUGGAAACAGGUGAAUACCAGUCAUCCCAAUCAUUACCAGACAUGAGGCUUGUCUCUGCCAUCCCUCUUGAUGACAGCAGUAGCAUGUUCCAGAGCGAAGGUUGUGAGGCUGUGGCUGUGGAUCAUGCUCUGGAUGCAGUGGAUGGAAGGAAAGAGAGAGAGAAGAAAAAGAUGCGAAGGAAAGAGGAAGCAAUAGAAGAGAUGGUCAAAGUGGACAUCACAUCCCAGAUAGCAGCUGAGGAAGAGUGCCAACAGACCAGGAAAGACUCAGACAGCACACACACACUGCAGAUCCAGAGGGAGAGGGAUGUUUUCUACCCUGUCCAGCCAUGCCCUGAGCCCAACACAGAAACAACAUGUACAGAUGUCCAUCCAGACAGGGAGGAGUGUGUGUCGGUGUGUUUGUUGCACAGAGACAAAGACAGUGUCAAAGUCAGUGUGAAACUGGAUGACAGUGUCUUCAAAAAGCCUAAAGAUCCCCCCUUCUGUGUUGAACACGAGGACAGAGGGGUUUGUGUUUCAUGCUCAACCACAAAUAAGGCAUUGACACAGGAAGCUCUCAAUCCCACUGAGGGCGCUUUGUCAGUGGGCACACCUGAUGGGGGAGCCCCUCAGAGCCCCAGGCUGUCCUGGAAGUCAGAAACAGAGGACAGAGGAAGAGGAGAGACAGAUGAAGGAGGAGAGGAAGAAGAGAAGAAAGACCAUCUUUCAGAAAAUCCUGUCUCCUCUGCCAUCUUGCGAGCCACCAUCCGUUCCUUGUCUCCACCACGUCGUCACAGCUGGGAGCUGAACAGGAACAACGCCACUACAGACACUGACAUCACACAGAGCAGCUCACUGAAGAGUCUGUCGGGAGAGGUGAAGAGAGCUAAGCCCCCCCUUCACAGGAGAAGCUACAGCCUGGAGGGUCUAGACGUGGAGAAGGGAUCGGUCCAGACUCAGUGUCCAAGCGUCAGUGAUCAGGAGGAGAGGUCUACUGGGACAAGUUUACAUCUGGACAGCCAGGAGAGAGGCUCAUUGGUUUCUCUCACUGAGAAGGAGCAGGAAAGAGACGGAAGCAGCAUCGAUAGCCAGCCAUCACAUCAAGUAUUGUCAGUGACAAACAGCUGUCCUGCCAUGUUCCAUCACCAAUCCCUCACCAAAUCCAUCUCCAUGGUUGCCAUCAAUCAGCGUGAUAUAGAUGGGGUGAGCUCCUUGUCCAGUAACUCCGGGUCGCUAGAAUACAGUAUUUCAGAGGAGGAGCCGGGCCCUCUACGGAGUGACACUGAAGGAAAAGGGGGACCUAAAAUUAGUCGGACAUUCAGCUACCUCCGAAGCAAGAUCAGCAAGAAAGGCAAGGAGAGGGACAGAAAGGGAGAAAGAGAACGAGAGAGUAAAGACAGAGACAAGAAGAGUGCAAACGAUCAUGUCUUACUCCCAGUUAGCCCAUCUCCUUCUACAGCCAGCAUCAAAGUCCUGCAUAAUAAGGAAACUUUCCUCUGCAACACUGCAUCUUCAGCAUCAUCUCUAUCUUCCACAUCCUCCUCAUCAUCACGGGAACGCUGGUCCACAGCCACCACUCCUGAUGACCAGUUUAUUCCACGGAGACACUCCAGUAUCUUCAACCCACACAGCAACCUGGCCAAGAGCAUCUCCACCAGCAAUAUAGCAGGGUUAGAUGAUGUGCCACUGAAAGGCCUGAGGUUUCUGUCCCAGUCCACUGACUCUCUCAAUCAGGGGAGCAAAGUCAGUGCCUCAACUGAGUCACUCACCGAUGACGGUACUGAGAUGAUAGACAGUCAGCUGAUUGGAGAGUUUGAGUGUGACAUUAAAGAUCUGGAAGCUGAUUCUUGGAGCGGUAUGAUGGAUAAGAAGUUCUUGAAAAUGUUGAGGAAAGAUGAAAUCAAGAAACAAGAUGUCAUCUAUGAGUUGUUCCAGACAGAGGUCCACCAUGUGAGGACGCUGAAGAUCAUGUCUGAAGUUUACUAUAAAGGCCUUCAGAAGGAGCUGCAGUUUGACACUCACACUCUGGACAAGAUUUUCCCAGUUUUGGACAGCCUGUUUGACACACACUCACAUUUCCUCACCCUGCUCCUGGAGAGAAAGAGGGCUUCAACAGUUAAGGGACAAAACAACAACAGCUUCUACAUCUGCAGCAUCGGGGACAUCCUGCUCAACCAGUUUUCAGGCUGCAGUGCUGAUCGUAUGAAGAAAAUUUAUGGGAAGUUCUGCAGUCGCCACAAUGAAGCUGUCAAUCUCUACAAAGACCUACAUGCCAAAGAUAAACGCUUCCAAGCUUUCAUCAAGAGGACAAUGAGCAGCAGCAUUGUGCGGAGACUCAGUAUUCCAGAGUGCAUUUUGUUGGUCACUCAGAGGAUCACAAAAUAUCCUGUUCUCAUCCAAAGGAUACUUCAGCACACUAAAGACUCAGAUAAAGACUACAGCUCUGUUUAUGAAGCUCUGCGCUGUGUGAAGGAGUUAAUCAUGGCCGUGGACAGUAAAGUCAACGAGCAGGAGAAGAAACGGAGACUAAGGGAAGUCUACAGUCGCACUGACAGUAAGUCCAUCAUGAGGAUGAAGAGUGGUCAGAUGUUUGCUAAAGAGGACCUGAUCAGAGGGAGGAAGUUGCUGCAUGAUGGAGCACUGCAGCUGAAAACCUCUGCUGGACGACUCAAAGAUGUUCAGGCCUUGCUCCUGUCUGAUGUGUUGGUCUUUCUUCAGGAAAAAGACCAGAAAUAUGUCUUUGCCUCAUUGGACCAUCGCUCUACAGUCAUCUCUUUACAGAAUCUAAUAGUCAGAGAAGUGGCCAAUGAGGAGCGAGGUCUCUUUCUCAUCACAGCUGGUAUAGAAAGACCAGAGAUGGUGGAGGUGUUGGCCAGCAGCAAGGAGGAGCGCAACACAUGGAGGGCCAUUAUACAAGACACCAUGCACUGCAUGGAGAAAGAUGAGGACGAGGGAGUUCCCAGUGAGACAGAAGAAGACAGGAAGCAGCAGGAGAACAAAGCAAAGGAGAUCCGAGAGCUUCUACGGAGGAAAGAUGAGCAGAUCAUCUCUUUACUGGAGGAGAAGGUCCACAUCUUUAGAGAUCUGAGUGACUGGAAUCCCCCCCCUGAUGAUCCAAAUCCACCCGUCAGGGAGCAGAUGUUAUUCAUGGCCACACCUGAUGAUAUCACAAAGGGGGAGCCAAUUAUAAAGGAUGCCCUCAGGGAGGUGGAGACCCUGCAUGCUUUAGUCAACUGUGCUGUUGGUGGAGCAGACUGCAGUAUUCCAGCUGGCCUGACAGGGGGCAGUGUAGGACCAGUCUCUCUGCCCAGGAGAGCUGAGACAUUUGGAGGCUUUGACAGUCAUCAGAUGAGCAGCAAGAAUGGAGAGAAGGAAGAGGGGGAUGAUUUGCUAGACCUCCGCAGGACUGAGUCAGACAGCGUGUUGAAGAAGGGAGUCACUGCCAGCCUACAGAUGUUGCUGAAGAGAAACAAUGAGCAGGUUCAGCACAGUGUGACACAUCUUCAUGACCUGCUGAUUUCACUCCAGGCUGUGGUGGUUCAGCAGGACUCGUUCAUUCAGGAGCAGCGGCAGACCCUGAAUGAGCGGCUCAAUGCCAAUUCCUCCAGACACUCGUCCUCCUCCUCACUCUCAUCCUCUUCCUCCUCAUGCCCCCCCUCCUUCAUGGAGCAGGAGAAACAUAGGAGUCUGGAAAGACAGCGACAGGAGGCGGCCACUCUGCAGAAACAGCAGGCUGCAUACCAGGAGGAAAAGAGGAGGAGAGAGAAGGCAUGGGACUUGAAGGAGAAAGGUCUGGCAGAGCGGGAGGAGAGGCUAAGAGUAGAGGAGGAGCAGACCAGCAAGAGGCGUCAAGAGCUGUUGGAGGAGAGAGAGACACUGCAGAGGAAGGAAGAGGAGUACCAGAGAGAGAUGGAGAGGGUGAGGGAGGCACAGAGGAGGCUGGAGAGAGACAUGGAAGCUCUAAGGAGAGACACAGAGAGACUGGAGGCCACGAAGAGAGACAAGUUGGAGCAGCUUCAGAGGUACCAGCGUACCCCCUCCACAACCUCUGAAGACUCCAUAAAGUUCCCCAGCUCUGGAUCUCUGGAUCUAGAUUCAAAUCAAGCAGUAGAACAGCCAAAAGAGGUGGAGCUCUCUUCCUCUGCACCAACCAAAGAACCUUUCCUCCGCAUUGGAUCCAAGAGGAUGAGCAAAAGCUUUAACCCCUUUUCCUCCUCUAAGCCUCAGGGAGCAGAGAAGGAGUCCAAACGGCUCCAGCUGGCCAAACCCAAAGAGAAGAAAGACAAGAAGAAGAAGGGCAAAGGAGAGCAGACACAGACAGAAAGCAAAGUCGCAGUGAUGUUGGAUCCUCAGAAUGAUGGAGAUAUCUUCUUUUGCUGAGGACUUGGAUUAUGCACAUAUGAAUUGCAAACGUUCCUGAGGAUGUAGAAAACUGGCCAGUAAAGCAAACAGGACCCCAGCUGUCCCCUAACUCUCUGUUUGGAUAUACUGUCUGGCCUCUGGACAGUGGACACUGUCCCUACCCUCCUGUCAAACAGGAUGGAUCAUCAUGAACGAGAAGCUGCCAGAUUCUUGGGAUGACAGUUUGACUUACCUACAUGGGUCCCACUUCCUCCUAGAGAAACCAGGUGAAGUCAUGUUGAGUUGAUGAUUUAAUCAGGAGGACUUUAAUCGACAAAUGUGCCAAAAAUGUUCCCUACAACCAUCUGUCAGUUAGAGAUGUGACUGAAGGUCAAGGAGGAUCAAAGGAGCAGUGUGAGAGGAAACACAAGAGGAAAGCAGGAUUUCUUCCUGCUGUCAGUCAACAGAUGAUGUGUUAGACCCUGUCACAUGGUGCUUCAAGUCAGACUUUAAACUGUAGCUUUAACAUGAACCAAUAAUGAGUGCCUUUGCCUUUGAAGUAUUUCUGAUACUAACUUUGAAUGCUUGUGGUGCUGCUGACUCCUCAGUUUCAGUGAGCAGUUACACAGUCUGGGUCCCCAGCUGAACAGCUCCAGGAACUUUGAAUCUCAAGUGUCAUUUAAGUUUCCCCAUGUGUUGUAUGCCCAGUUUUAUCUGUCAAUCAAGACAUAAAAGGGAAGACAGAUGCCACACCGUGUGGUGUUUGUAACAGUUAGUAACAUGAACCAUUUGUCACUGUUCCUGCUGAGGUCAAUGUAUAUGACAAGGCCACAGACAUAAUCAAUCAAUGAUACGUCAGUCACCAGAGAGAUGAAUGAAUCUAUAGAGACAGGUUGAGUGGUCAUGACAAAGUGUGGGGUGACUCAGUUAUUUUAGUGCCUUAAGUCUCUAAUAUAGUAUCUGUCUGAUGACUGUUGUGAUAGUGGAAUGAAGAGCAUGCUUACAGUAGAUGUUUUUUUCAUAACGCUUUUGUCAGAUAAUUAACUGCCAUCUCUAAAAAAAUUCAUUGUUCUUGGUAGGUGAUCAUUUAUUUUAGUGGUGAAACGCACCAGUCAGACUAGGGGUCUAUUCUUCUGUCUACAGAAGAAUGAGUGAUAAUCUGUAGGCCCUAAUUACUCAGAAAGUAAUUUGCAGGUUUCAAAACACGAGGCGCCAUUUAAAAAAAAAAAGAAAGACAGAAUGCCACAAGUAAAAAAAAAAAAAAUAAAUAAAAAAAAAGGUUUGCUGCGUCUUUUUAUUGUUGCCAGGCAGCCUUCCCAUGCAAUCAGUCUACUGUUUUUUUUGUUUGUUUGCUUGUUUGUUUUUUAAAUUUAUUUUCUCAUUUUAUUCUCUCUUUAUUUAUUUGACAGUAAUUAGUAUCUAGUUCCUAAAAUGGACAAGCAGAGGGUACUUGCUGUAGCUCUGGUUGAGGGUGAGAGGUUUUCAGCAAUUAAUUUGUUGGGCACAGGGAAAUGGAGAUUUGUGUGGGUACAUGACACCCUAAAAAUGAGGGUGGAUCAUGGGGAGUACCACCAGUUGCUCCAGGAGGUUCGCCUCCAUGAUGGCUGUUUCCAGGCAUGUUUUAGGAUGACUCUGGGGGCAGUUUUACAGCCUGCUGUCUAUCGUCAGGCCUCAUGUAACAAAAAUGAAUACUAACUACAGGGAGUCCAUUAGUCCUGUUGAGGGACUGAGCACCACCAGUUUUUCUUUCAUUGUUUUGUCGUGGGGGCAUCAGUAGCUUAGUGGAUAGUGCCAGCUCCCCAUGUACAGAGGCGCUUCCUCGCCGCAGCAGCCACCGGGUCGACUCUGGCCUGCGGCCCUUUGCUGCAUGUCAUUCCCCCACACUCUCUCUCCCCUAUUUCACACUGUCCUGUCCAUUAAAGGCAAAAAGCCCAAAAAAAA